UUCAAAAAGAGUGUUUUUGCUACGACUUGUUGGGACUGUUUUGCAGCCCAAUUAUUUUCCCCCAUCGUGCAGCAGUUUUCUAGUUCCCAUCAAGCCUCGGCCUCGUGGAAAUACUGCGAACAUUGAAAGGACGCGACCAUGGGGGCAAACUUGUCGUUCCCCACUGUGGAGUUGGCUGGCCGUGUAGCUAUCGUCACGGGCAGCAAUACGGGUACCGGUUAUGAGACUGGCAAAGCCCUGGCACGCAUGGGUGCCAAAGUGGUCCUGGCUUGCAGAUCGCAGGAGAGAGCAGAGCAGGCAAUUGAAAAGAUGCGUGGUGAAGUUCCGGACAGCACGCUGGAAGUGGAGUUUGCGCCGCUCGAUCUGUCAUCGUUCAAGUCAACCGUGUCGUUCGCUGACUGGUUUCUAGGAAAGUACGACAAGUUGAACAUACUGUGCUGCAAUGCCGGAUACCUUGGGCAAAACUACCGAGUCACGGAUGACGGUUUCGAGUCCGUUUUUCAGACCAACUACUUGAGUCACUUUGUACUGAUCACUCGGUUUCUGCCGAUUCUGAAGACCUCAGGCCCAGACUCGAGGAUUGUCUCUGUGGCUUCAAAGGCCCAUCAGAUGGGAGCAUUCGAUCUUGCACGCACUCAGGAGGAACGGCAGUUUGGUUCGAUGCGUACGUACGGUACCAGCAAACUCUUCCAGAUAAUGAUGACUGGAGCUCUGCAACGUCGCUUGACCGAGAGCGGCGUCAACGUAUCCAGUGUUCACCCGGGUACCGUCAAGACGGAGUUCGGAAAGGACAGCAGCGUUGUAACCGCUUUCUACAAUGUCGGCUUUGCGCUGGGUACCAUUCGCAAUGCAGCUGAAGGGGCCGCGACCAUCAUCUACGCCUGUGUCACACCGGAGCUGGCCGAGCAGAAUCAUAUGUACUUUGAGUCCUGCAAACCAGCGUUCUCCAACGCACUCUCUCGGGACGAAGCCAAGCAAGAAGAGCUCUUCAACUACUCUCUCAGUCUUGUCAAGGAUCUGCUCAGCGAGGACAGUGUCAAGAUUCUGGGAAUCGACCUGGACGCCGUGACCAGUCCACCACCUACAGGCGGCCCCAUCGCACCACCGUCACCGGCUGAGGCCAGUGCAGCCAAUGCCGACGCCAGUGCGGGAGCUGAAGCGUCAGCGGCAGCUGCUGCAUCUCCCGAGGCAGCUCCGGAAGCAACCCCCGCCGCCGUGAGUGCGCCCGAGGAUACGCCUGCCAUGGCAGCCACGUCUACCGCUGACGAAACCUCCACUGUGCAGGACACGCCCAACGAGCCAGAAAGUGCUCCGGAGGCUGAGGCUGUCACUGAAGAUGGCAAUGAGCCCGAAAAGCCAUGCGAAGCAGCAGCUGCACCGGAGGCUGAGGCAGUCACUGAAGAUGGCAAUGAGCCCGAAAAGCCAUGCGACGCAGCUGCUGCACCAGAGGAAACAAGUGCUGCUGCAGCAGAUGAGAAGUCAGCAGAGGAGCCAGCAGCCACCGAGGUACCUGCAGCAGAAGAGAAGUCAGCAGAGGAGCCAGCAGCCACCGAGGUACCUGCAGCAGAAGCCUGCGAGGAGAAAGCACCCGAGGGGGAAGAUGUUGCAAAGGAUGAGUAAGACGUCGCUCCGCAACGGCGUCCUCUUAUCCCACCGAGUUUCGGUCACGGUUAGAGUUGUGCAAAUACUCACAUUCUCUGUCUGUCUCUCUGCAUCUCUCUCUCUCUCUCUCCGUCUUACGGUAGAUAUCUCUCCCCCCCCCCCCCCCCCACACACACACACACUGUGUGAACAUUCACAAAAAUUAUCCCACUUGUUUUCUUGUACAUUUCGAUUGCACGUAUAAUAAUCUAAGUCUGCACACUAGCACACUAACUAUGGUAAGUAUGUGUACGUGUGUAGGCUAGUGUACUGCUGGUAGUGUACAAGUAACUGUCAUGGAUAUGUUUGUUUUACUCGUGUUUUACGAUAGCAAUAAACAAUUACUGCAGUGCAGUGUUGUCUACUCUCUUCCACCGCAUCAUUCGACAUGAAAGAGGGGUUUCCCCCGCUCGUUGUUUUCUUUUCACUGGACAGACUACAGGUGGAUGACUUCAUUUUUUGGGCGUUUUCUAGUUAUCUGGUUUCGUAAUAUUGAGAGAUUUUAUUCCUUCUAAAACGUUGAAAUGGUGAUGAUCGUAAGAUAGAAAUGUCAUAAUAAUUAAGAUAAGCGACGCGGAGACAGCUAGCUAUCAUUAUUUAUCAUGUUCCUUAUCAAUUCUGGGCAGGAAAGUGAGCAUUAUGACUCCCACCCGGUCGUAUUCAAGACCUUUUACAUUUUUAUUUGCUAUUGUCGUAAAUUUCUCGUGUUGUGUUAAUAAAAACGAAGGAGAGA